UAUUGUUGAUGAGGAGGAGCGGCGGCGGCGGCUGCACCACCUCGUUGCUGCCGGCCGCGGCCCGGGCGCCCCCUGCUCCCCGGAUUCCGGCUUCGUCACCCCGUCGCAGGGACCUUCCCUUCGGCCUCGAGAAUCCAACCCCUGCAACCCAACAACAACAACCCCCCCCCGUCUCGCCCAGUCACCGGGGAGGGGGGGGACCAUGUCCCAGCGGGUGAGGCGCAAUGGGUCCCCCACGCCGGCCGGCUCCCUCGGGGGCGGUGCGGUCGCCACGGCCGGGGGAGCCGGGAGCCGCCUGCAACCCAUGAGGGCGACGGUUCCGUUCCAGCUGAAGCAGCAGCAGCAACAUGGCAGUGACAAAACACGACCACCAUCUUCGAGCCCCUCUAGUAUUAUCCGCCGGACUUCCUCUCUGGAUACACUUGCUGCCCCAUACCUUGCAGGACACUGGCCUCGUGAUAGUCAGGGGCAAGCUGCUCCCUGCAUGAGGGACAAGGCUACACAGACAGAGAGUGCAUGGGCCGAAGAAUACUCUGAAAAGAAGAAAGGGUCUCACAAGCGUUCAGCAUCGUGGGGCAGUACAGAUCAACUUAAGGAGGUCAGGAAAAUGAUUCCAAAGAACUGGUGUGGAAAAAUCAAAAGAGUAAGUACUUCUGCUAUGUCCUUGAUUAAAGAGUACUGCUGCAGCUUAGAAGAACUAAGAGGUGGAUACCAGAUGAGAACAGUGAUUGCUGGAGGACAGAACGAAAAGUUAUGCAUGUCAAUGGGAAGUAUGCUUCAAACUAGAGAAUUUAAAGGAAACAUAUUAAAGCUCUCUUCUCCACUGCUUUUUCUUCAGGCUCCUGUUCCAAAGAGUGCACUUAUUCCAGUAAUUCCCAUCACCAAAUCAACAGGCUCCCGGUUCCGGAAUAGUGUGGAAGGAUUGAAUCAGGAGAUUGAAAUAAUCAUUAAAGAGACUGGGGAAAAGGAAGAACAACUUAUAGAGACUGAGAAUGGGAACAACUCUCCUUUGCCCAAAUAUGCAACCUCACCAAAACCUAACAACAGUUAUAUGUUCAAAAGGGAACCUCCUGAGGGCUGUGAAAGGGUCAAAGUCUUUGAGGAAUGCUCGCCAAAACAACUCCAUGAAAUCCCAGCCUUUUACUGUCCUGACAAAAACAAAGUGAAUUUCAUUCCUAAAAGCGGCUCUGCCUUCUGCCUCGUCAGCAUCCUCAAGCCACUCCUUCCCACACCAGAUCUCACCCUCAAGGGCUCUGCCCACAGUCUGACAGUUACCACUGGUAUGACCACCACUCUGCUGCAGCCUAUUGCUGUGGCCUCCCUGUCUGCAAACACAGAGCAAGACCGAGUCUCUCGAGGAACGAGUACAGUCAUGCCAUCAGCCUCUCUCCUCCCACCGCCAGAACCCAUUGAGGAAGCUGAAGGAUAGGUGUGACCGUUCUUCUGGGCAACUGAGAACCUCCUCAGAUCAUUUCAUUGUGGAGGCAUCGCACGCUCCCAGUUGGCUGUGAAGUGCUCCGGCUUUCUGCGGCGACGAGUCACAGUGUGACUCUGGAAGAAGGCAGCGCCCUCUGACAGCUUUGCUCACUCAUGAAGGCCAGCCCUCAUUGCUUAGCCUGCUUUUUCUGAAAGCACCGGUUGAAACAAGAACGGUCUCAUUAUUUACUUUUGGAGGGCCGAUAUCAUACCGUUUUUUGUUUUCAAAUUAAACUUCUUAAAAAAAAAAAACAACUGAUCCCUGCAAAAUAAUUCCUGAAGGGAGACAUGAAUGAUGCUGCAAGAACCAUCUUUUAUAUGAAAAUGACUAUUUUAUAAUACCAAUGUUACAUUUUCUGAAAUGGAGCAAACAGGAUGUUCAAAGAUUCUUUGGUGGCCUCUUGUUUCUUGUUUCCCUUUCUAGGUGUGUGCUUUUCUCAGCUGUUUUCAGCUUUGGGACCAAAGGGAUUGUUGACAUUUUCCCAGCAGUCUUAAUCUCAUGACUAUGUUCUUCUCCCAAACAAGAAUUGAUAGGUAAAUGCAUUGAACAAAUAUAUAACAAGAGAUAAAAAGCAAUAUUAAAUAUUAGUACAUUAUGUGGUUUAUGUUUUUUGAUGUCGGAAGUUUGUGCUUUGGGUGAAAUACUUGUAAAACUGCUGUUUUCUUCACUAUACUUGUACACAUUUCACCAUGUGGUCAGAAAAAUUAUAGUCUGGAGACAAGUGCUUUAAUAUGUUCUCACCCAUCAUUGGAACUUGGUUGAAAAGUCAGUGAGCCAAAAGGAAACUACCCAGUGUUGAUUGCUAGCUAGGAGUAAGGAGCCCCUUUGGUUUUCUACAAAAUACUUACCACAUGAUCUCCCUUUAUCAUCACUGUAUCAUAGUUCUAAGAGGUCCUAAAAUGACUGUGCAUGGAUUUCCUCCUUUGCUUUUGUGAUGUUGUUGUCUUGUGGAAUUGGUCAGGGUUAGUAGUUUGCCAGGAGUGUAAUCCAUUGAAUAGCAAUCCGGAGUCACAGAUUCUUGCGACUGACAUUUUCUUUAUGGUGGUUGGCACUGAGAUAUGUUGCUUACAGAUUUUGCUAGUUUUCCUCCAGCAUUCCACACAGUGGGGAAGACAGGCCAGGAGAGCUUUGGAGCAUAUAAACAACAGGGAUCUUUGAAAAAUCCGUACAGUUUUGGAUUUAGGCUCAACUUAAUACAAUCACUGCCAGUAUCACCUGGCAACAGUAUUUCAUGUUUGUGUGUGUGGUAGUGAAAUUAAGGAGCAGCUCUUUUUAAAAAUGAGUUUCUGCAAACAGUAUUGAUAAAAAGCAUCCUUCUAAGAUCUUCAUAUACUACCUAUGAUGCAAUAAUUUAACGUUCCUAUACGUAUUAUAGGGAGAAAGAAAUUUAAAUACUUGUAAAGGGGAUACAGUUUAGAAGGUUUAAUAUGUCAGUUCUGACAUAUACCAUCAGGGGAAACCUAGUGGUAGCAAUAAAUCUUCUGAAAGGACUUCUUACACUCAUGCACCUUUAAAACAUCCAAGUAAUUAAAAUUAUGCCCUGUGAAGUUUAAAAUGGAGAUGUAUUUAGGCAAAUUAGAUAAAUUCAAACAUUUGAAUAAGUCUGUCAGGUUUCAGUUGGUAGCACUGAUGAAUUUUGGUACCUUCUCCAUCCAAAACUAAUUUACUUGGAAUUAGUACAUUGUGGCUUCUCAAUCAGUAAAACUCAGUUAUUCAGGAUCUAAAUUUUCUGGUUGGUUGGUUUCUUGAGAACCUUGAUUCUUUGCCUUAUUUGUUAUGUGUCUUGACUUUACCAUUUCACCGCUGAGAACUGCUCUAUCAAAAGUACAGAAGAAAAGGUAAAACUCAUCAGGGGAGUUGGUAUGAAUGGGAGGAGGAGGAAGUUAAAAACAAGUUUUAAAAAACUCAGUUUUGGGGCGCCUGGGUGGCUCAGUUGG